AUGUGCAUCAUAUACCUCCUUCUCUCCAUUGCACCUUGUAUGGUCUUCGAUGCUGACUUGGCUCACAACCCGACCUGGAUGGCCGAUAUCCCCGACGAUGUAUUCCUCUCGAGCCUGAGUAUACCGGGUACACAUGACACAAUGACCUACGAGAUAGGAAGCGAGGUUCUGCAGUGUCAGAAUUGGAACCUGACUACCCAACUGGAAGCAGGUAUUCGCUACUUCGACAUCCGCGCUCGUGUACGUGAUGACGAGUUGCAUAUUUACCAUGCCAAUGGCUACACGGGCUUCAGCUUUGAAGAUGUGGUUGGCUAUAUGAACGACUUCCUGGACAGGAACCCUUCUGAGACGAUCAUCAUGCGCCUCAAGCAGGAGGGUAACGGCAUAGGAGACAACAACACUCUGUCAUUCGAAGCCGCCUUCAACAAAUACCCACUCGGGGACCGACUGUACAACUACAGCGCUUCUGACCCUCUGCCAACUCUUGGUAGUCUUCGCUCCAAGAUCUUUGUUCUUCAAAACUUCCCAGCUUGGCGAGGAGGACCAUAUGGCUUGAAGUGGGAAGGCCAUCAAAUGAUCUUAGAAGAUAUAUGGAUCAUUCCUGAUAUCUACCAUCUGUCGGAGAAGUGGACUGCGAUCCGUGAUGCUCUCGAACUCGCUGCAACAGCACCUCUCGACAACAAGGUCCUCUAUUUGGCUCACAUUUCAGCCUCUGUUGGUGUCUUGCCUAUCGAGGCUGCGGCUGGGCCCAUGAACCGAACUGUCACUGGUAUGAACGACAUGACUGGCCAGUGGAUUAAGGAUUUUGAAGAUAACGAAGACACUACCCGAACUGGAAUCGUCAUCAUCGAUUUCCCCGGCAAGAAGUUCAUUGAUGCCAUUCUUCGAUGGAACAAGUCAUAUACAAAGAAGCAGGCAUAG